AUGGCGUCCUAUAUUCCCCACCAUCUUGUACACGCCCACCUCCCAGCUCCUCCAUCCCUCCCGGUAUCGACUCCCGAGCUUCGAAUCCCAACAGACGAGACCAUCUCCGACGAGCUCUACUCCGAGCCUCUGCAUCCAGAGCAGGCAGUCUCGGUCGCGUACAACGUCGAGAACAAUAUCCUUGCCAGAACGAUCUAUAAUGGCUAUGUCCUCGACCUUCGCCCUAUGGGCUCGACUAUCAGCAAGACGCGCUUGCCAAAUUCUGAGGGGUCAGAGUCCAUCAGAGUCUUCUUUCCCGAGCCUCUGAGGACGCUGUCUUCAGGACUAGUCAGAAUAUCACCGCAAGAGAAACGCCUCUAUAUCUUGGUGGUAUCUCAGGCAAACAUCGUCUACCGCUUGAAUUUCCCUCUGGGCGACUUUGAACCCAGCUCCGGCGAACGUUUUUCAUUCACCCUUCAGAACGGCGAACAAUGGUCAGAAGAAUGGGAAGUGCCAGAAGACGUGAUUGGGUCAUGUGGAGGAGUAGGUGCGACAACUGUGUUCGACGAGAGAACAGUGGUUCUGGGUGGUGGGGACGGAGGUAUCGUGAUUUUGACAAGAUCCGGUCCCUAUGCUCCAGCAUUCGGCGAAUGGCAAGCUACCCAUCACCGUGGAUCUUCCAUGUUCCGCCUUCCCUCACUCUUCUCUCGCUCCGCCAACUCCUCAGAGCAAAUUACCUCUUUCGCCGAGUAUGAAACCAGAGACAACCUCCGGAUCCUUUACACCCUAUCUCGAGACAAGAGACUGCGUGCAUGGAAUGUCGACAAUGGAUCUUUCUUAAAGAUGGUUGACAUCCGGAGUAGCUCUCAAGCUCUUCAUGUCAAAGGUGCCGAGGUCCCUACCUCAAUCGAUGACAACACCGUCAACCAAAUUCGUGUGGUCCCUCACCCGUUCACUACUUCUCGAUACUCUCAUCUCGUCGUGGUGUUCUUCUCCACACCCUACAGUCAAGCAGCGGCUGGAUCAUUUGUCGUGUAUCGUGUGUCCACUUCUGGCUCUGGGGUCAACGAAUUAUCUGUCGCUGGGGAGAGACCCUGCUCAUCCCUCUCGGCGGGUUCAGAACUUCGCGGUUUGGAGGUGGUUGCCCCUUCCAAGGCACAGGGAGUCAACUCUGGCUGGCGACUGUGGGUGUCUUGGGACAGAGAAGGCUCUACGUUCUGCGAGACCAUCCCCGUGGACGACAUCUUCCAAUUCACGACUUAUCACGCCUCUCACGAUUCUUCUCUGCUCAGCGACUGGCAGCCCGUCUUUCCUCCGUCAGACGCAAGAGAUUUCGAUGCUGCGUACUUUGACAAUCUUCUGUCUCUCCAACCUCCAAAUCCUGCCGAACCAGAAGAUAACGGCGACAUUCCAGCCACCUUCAUUGAACACCUCUUCCACCCUGGGCGAUUCUCCCUUUCCACACUCCAAACAGCUCUGGACGACUACAUCCACCUGCUCUCUCAGAAGCAUCCACGCGUACACUUUGCGCUCCCUCAAGCUCACACGUCUCUGUCCAAGAGGUUUGGUGCCAUUGUCGGGGCGCAAGUGCAUCCGCAAGUGAGUCAGGAGACGGGAGCUGUGGUAGUCGACGUGUAUCGACAGGAAUUGAAGCUUGAAUGGUUGAGCGUUUGGGCGAACGUGAGAGAGUUGGACAGGCAGGGCAGAUGGCCAGUCACUACUGCUGUAGUUGAACGAGAGGUCUACAUCUUGACGAGGGAAGGCAUAUCUGUGCCCGUACUAGAAGACGAUGCCGGUAUUGUGGACAGACUGGCGAAGGAGGAAAUCGAUGCCGACGCCUUCCUCGCCCUGCCUACGGGUGCCCUCUCUCUCUACUCUGCUCUCGCUGCCCCCGGCGCCAGACUCGCAGCUACGAGCAUCGCUCUUGCAGGAUCCCAUCUCUCCUCCGUUCUUUCACAUACCGACGUACAGCCAGACGAGGAUGGUGUGCUCGCCCCAGGUACCCUACUGGACGUAUUUCAGCGGACUGUAGGAGAUACACUGGGAGCAGGGCAAGGGGAGGCGGUGGAAGACAUCGGUGCUGGAUUGUGGGAUGCUUUCCUGGAGGGGUCCCUGUCGGAAGAAGAUAGGCUGAGGGCAAGGGAGGUCUUGUCAAAGGGAGACUCCGUCUUGAGGGGGUUGAAGCAGUCGCUCGAUAUCCUCGAAGAUACUUCAUUCCCCAGUAGCCAAUCUGUCCCCGGAGCAGCCUUCUCCGGGCUCGGCAAUGCCUUGCUCACAUCCACCCUCUCUGACCUGAUCGCCUCCCGUCAUGCUUUCGCCCUGCACAUCCUCCUAGCCUCCCUCUUUCUCCUAUGCGAUUCUCCUCCUUCGGAAGAGGAUCUCGAGGAACUGGUACCCAUCCUUGCUCGGUCAAUGACAAGCUACCACAGGUAUAGGGUUCUGAAAUGGGUGGCGACUCAGACUGGGGAGGAAGCCGGCGAGAGGUCUAGUGUCGGAAAAGCGCAGAAAGCACAGAAGGGCAAGAAAAACUCUGGUGACGACGGGGUGUCUCAUUCGGGAGAGGGAGAUGAUGGCGAUGGUUUCGGUGUGGAGUACUCCCUACUCCAUUCAAUUUUUGCGCACCAGAUCCCUCAAGAUGCUUCAUCCUCGAAUCAUGCUAUCGACACCUAUCUCCCAGCUGCCCUUGCUGCUUUGACCCAGAUUGGCCUUCUUUCCGAGGACCAAACUGAUCUUGGCGCUCAGGCUUCUGAUGUGGUUCUCGGCAACCUCAUAUAUGCCGAUGACCAUCCUCUUCUUGCUGGAGCUUUCACUGAUUUGUACCCGCUUUCCUCUGGUAUCGCGUAUGUCAAGGGUCGUGCGUACUUGGAGGCAGACGUUGUCGAUGGUGCCGUCACUUUCCUCGAAAGAGCUGCCGCCGGAUGCCGAGACAACUCUCUCGUACCUAUCUUGCCGUCCACUUCCGGGCCGAAUGGUCUAAGCGCAUACUACACCCACAUAUGUGAGAUCUUUAGAUCUCACGGGGCACAAGAAGCGGUAGUCAGGUUUGGCAAGCUGGCCAUUGAAAGUGCUAAAUAUGCUACCGGCAAUGAGGAGGAAAGAGCGGUCAUGGAAGAUUUGUGGACGAAGGUGUUUAUGGCGAAUCUGGAGCUAAGCUUAUACGAGGAAGCCUACGCGGUCUUGGCUAGUUUGCCCUUCAUUGAAUUGAAACGCGAUUUCUUGGGUCACCUUAUCUCUGAGAUGUGCGAGAGGAACGAAGUCGGGCGGCUCAACGCCCUCGGCUUCAUUGGGUUCCAGAGGGAUGUCGAAGAGCUGCUACGAUUUAAGGCAAGGAACUCGGAUCCUCUGCGGACACCCAAUUACUAUAAAGUACUCUAUUCCUGGCAUAUCACACGAGGAGAUUACAAGAGUGCUGGCGAAAUCAUGUACCUCCAAGGUCGUCGGUUUGCCGAAGGAACUUCUUCCUCCCGAUUGCCCGCCUUCGAACUCACCGCAAUGCAAGCUCGAAGCUAUCUCGCAGCCAUCAAUGCCCUUUCAUUGAUAGAAAAGAAGAACGCUUGGGUCUCUGUGCCGGGUGUGCCAAACAGAUAUUUGAAGGGCAUCAAAAGGCGGCGGAUGACUACGUACAUCCCGGAAGAGGAGUUUACGGCCGGGAAGAAACCGGUGGAUAUCAUUACAUUGGAGGAUAUACAGGCAGAGUACGCUCUAGUGUUGUCAAGGUUGAGGCUCUCGAGUAAGACACCUGAUCUGUACGACCAUGGAGUUGUGAUCUCCCCGCAAGAAACGGUCGGCCUCUUUGUCCAGCGAGGCAUGUACGAUGUGGCUCUGUCAUCUGCUGCUUCACUGCACGUAGAUAUGACGGAUCUUUUCCAGAGCUUGGCUGCCAAGUGUGUCGAGUUGUCAAGAUUACAGGAACACAACGUGGACAUCAACAUUGCUACGUUCCUGCAAACAUCGUCUAUAACAUCUCGUCUCCAGGGGCCUCCUGCCGCACUUGCCCUUCACUACCUUCGUGUCUCACUCUCCCAGCACGAUUCCUCGAAAACAAACUUCAAGUAUCGCCAGUCAGUCGCCGAGACACUAUUCUCGAUCAACCAGGACAAGCAAGGGUGGAGAAUGCCGUCGUGGUUGGUGCAGUGGGAGAUGGAGAGGGAUGCCGAGGGGUGGAUCGGAAAGGCUGUCAGAUGGGGAUGGGUUGCAGAGGCUGUGGAGUGGAGUUUGGAUCUGGUCAGACAGGCUACUCCUCCCGAGCUGUUACCCAAAAACAAGAGCAAUGCUGUGUACCUGCCAUACAAUCUGUUUGACAGAGUACUUGCUGCUACGGAAGGUGGAGAUGAAAAGGACGAGGAGGCGGUACAACGAAACGCCAAGAUACUACGAGACGAGGUGAAAAGGCGCUUGGAGGCGCUGGAAGGUUAG